AUGACAACCUUUAUCAGCCGUCUCUACCGCCGGAAAACACCGUGUGCAGUUACUCUACUCUCCACGCGCCGCCGUCUCUUCACAUCCCCCUCCCCCUCCCCCUCCUCCUCCUCGACUUCUUCGAAACUCCGCACCGAAUACUCCUUUGUGGCUCCCCCCUCUCUCCAUCCACAAGAACCCAAUAAGACUACCGAUUUUCAACCCGGGCCUGAACCCGGAACCCGAAAGCCGCCAAAGCCCGCCUACCGCCCCCCAUCGUCCCUCAACAGGUCGGUCCGGCCGACCAGGUCCGACCUCCCUUUCGAUUUCCGGUUCAGCUACACGGAUAGCAGCCUAAAGGUUCGGCCCAUCGGGCUGAGGGGGCCAAAGUACUCGCCUUUCGGCCCGGGACGAUUGGACAGGGAAUGGACCGGGGUUUGCGCCCCCGCCGUCGACCCGAAAGUUGGGUCCGCCGAGGUGGACGGUGAGUUGGAGGAGAAAAGGAGGCUGAUGAGAGAGAGGGUCCAGGGAGAGCCAUUGACUAAUUCUGAAAGGAAAGCUCUUGUUGAGGGGUGUCAGAGGCAUAAAACCAAGAGGCAGAUUAAUUUGGGGAGGGAUGGUUUAACUCACAACAUGUUGAACGAUAUUCAUAAUAACUGGAAACACGCUGAGGCUGUGAGGAUAAAGUGCAUGGGAGUCCCUACUGUGGAUAUGAAGAACAUAUGCACACAGUUGGAGGAUAAAACGUUUGGUCAGAUCAUCCAAAGACAUGGCGGCCUACUUGUGCUUUAUAGAGGUAGGCAUUACAAUCCGAAGAAAAGGCCCGUGAUUCCACUUAUGUUGUGGAAGCCUCAGGAGCCCGUUUAUCCUCGUCUCAUCAAAACUACUAUCGAUGGCUUAAGCAUUGAGGAAACUAAGGAGAUGAGAAAAAAAGGACUAUUUGUGCCUGCCUUAACUAGACUUGCUAAAAACGGCUAUUAUGGUAGUCUCAUUCCGAUGGUACGAGAUGCUUUUCUCUGUGAUGAGCUCGUUCGAAUAGACUGUAAAGGCCUCCCGAGGAGUGAUUACAAGAAAAUUGGGUGCAAAUUGAGGGAUUUGGUUCCAUGUACUCUGGUCACAUUCGAGAAGGAACAGAUUGUUAUAUGGAGAGGCAUAAAUUACAAACCAGCUGAAGGUGGAUAUUUUCUUAAAGAAAGGGAAAUCUUCGAGGGUCCAGAUGAUGAUGAUGAUGAUCGAGCAAACGUUUUACAUGGCAAUGAGACAACAGAUUUUGAGCCCGAUGAGGCCGAAUACCACUCUGGCGAAUCUGAUGAUGAGUAG